AUGUCCUACGACGAAAAACGUUACUCGGACCUGAUCUACGAUAUCUUGCGCCAUAGCGACCUCGAGACCGUCUCCGCAAAGAAGAUCCGCAAUGCUCUCUCCGAGAGACUUGGCUACGAUGUUAGCGAUCACAAGAAAGAGAUUUCACGUCUGAUCGAGACUUGCUUCGACAGAGUGACUUCAGAGAACGCAAAUGGUACCAACGGCGCUUCUCCAUCCCCCUCAGACUCCUCCCCCCAAAAGCGCAAAGAACCCUCUGAUGAAUCAGACUUGUCCGAUGUAGUAGACGAUAGACCAAAGAAGAAGGCCCGCAAGCAGGAUGCUGAGGAAGACGACGCCGCCUAUGCUGCCCGUUUACAGCGCGAGGAAAACAGCAGAGCCCGACCCACCAGAGCCGGCGCAACCAGAAAAGCAGCUCCCGUAAAGAGAAAGAAGAAGUCGGCCGUCAAAGUGAAAGACGGCAGCGACGUCGAGACCAACGGGGAGUCAAAGCCGCGUACAGGUGGCUUCCACAAACCCAUGAACCUGUCAGAACCCCUCUCAGCCCUGCUCGGAGAGACACAACUAUCGCGACCUCAGACGGUCAAGAAGAUCUGGGAGUAUGUCAAGGGGAAAGACCUCCAAGAUCCAGCCGACAAGCGCCAGAUUGUCUGUGACGAUGCCAUGCGCGCAGUCUUCAAGACAGAUCGCGUCCACAUGUUCACCAUGAACAAGAUCUUGAAUCAGAACCUGUACGCCGCCGAAGAUGUCGUGGCCACCACUCCUACAGCGGCUCCAAUCCCAGCACCCGCAGCUUCCUCCUCUCCGGCCCCAGAGCUGGGCUCAUCACCAUGA